UCAGUAGAAGAUAUUAGUAUCAAGGUCUGUGAAUGAAAGAAGGGAAAGGGCAUUUGAAGUGAGAGUUAGCGGUGAGGGGUCAUGGUUUCGCUUCAUCCACUAGUGUGUCCUUUGUCAGUUUCCUCUUCCUCCUCUGACCUUUUUAGAUGCUCCCUUUGGUCUAGCUGCUACCGGUCCGUAAGUUUUGCCCCGAAACGAAGAAAUAGCUCCAAAACAGAGCAGCGUUCUCUCAUCUGCAAUGCUUCGUGGCAAGAGCUCGCCGGAGUUUUACUAUUCUCAGCGAUUCCUUUCACUGCCGUGAAAGCCAUAGCUAAUAGUCCGUUAGGAGAGUCGCUUCAGAGGAAAACGGAGGAGGAGAAGAAAUCUGCUGAAAAAAACUCGUCUAAAUUCAAGGCAUUAGCCAACAAGGCCCGAAAGGAGAGCUGUUGGUAUGGAGAAGAUCGGCCUCGUUGGCUUGGUCCUAUAUCAUAUGAAUACCCAUCAUAUCUUACUGGGGACUUGCCUGGGGAUUAUGGCUUUGACAUUGCAGGGCUAGGCAAAGAUCCUGUGGCGCUGCAUAAAUACUUCAAUUUUGAGAUAUUGCAUGCUCGGUGGGCUAUGCUUGCAUCUAUCGGAGCUUUGAUUCCAGAAUUAUUAGACCUAUUGGGAGCCUUUCACUUUGUGGAACCUGUGUGGUGGCGUGUUGGUUAUUCAAAGCUCAAGGGAGAUACUUUGGAUUACCUUGGCAUCCAAGGUCUUCACUUUGCUGGAAGUCAGGGAGUGGUCGUGAUUGCUAUUUGCCAAGCACUCCUUAUGGUUGGACCAGAAUACGCUAGAUAUUGUGGGACUGAGGCAUUGGAGCCCCUAGGAAUAUAUCUGCCCGGUGAUAUAAAUUAUCCUGGAGGAGCUUUGUUUGAUCCCUUGAAUCUGUCCAACGAUCCCGAAGCUUUUGAAGAGCUGAAGGUAAAAGAAAUUAAAAAUGGACGCUUGGCAAUGGUGGCCUGGUUAGGCUUUUACGUGCAAGCAGCACUGACGGGUAAAGGUCCUGUUCAGAACCUUGUUGAUCACAUCUCUGAUCCUUUCCACAACAACUUUCUGAACUCCCUCAACAUUAUGAAAUUCGUCAUAUGAUGUCGGUAAGGAAUUUACAUUCAUUUGGGUGCUCUUUUCUACGUUUAUGCUGAUGGAAUUCUUGUCAGAAUGGUAUAACCAUCAGCCAUGUACCGUUCGCAAUCAAUAGUCAAAUCUCUGUACAAAAGAAACUAUUUCUAAUAUUUUGCAUGUCACUCUUUGGACAAGGAAAA